UAUUGAAGGAUACGUUUAUCAACAGAUUUCGUUCGAUAUUACACAGAAUAUAUGUCUAUUUGUAUAACAAAUUGCCUAAGGAAGCGCGGGAUUAAACUAUACUUUUUUUUUAAGACUGCCUAAUGAUAGCAGAAGUGGAAUAAAAAGGAGAAAAAACUUUGAAGACGAGCCGUCACAAGUAGCCUAUAUUCAGUUUGAUAAGAUGCAGUGGUUUAAACUCAAAUACCUGACUUUAUUGAUUUGUUUUCUGCACUUCACAUCAGUUGCACCACUAAUGUUGGAAAGCAGGACACUGUUUACUUAUGAUGAGUACUACUACGAUUAUGUGCCAGAAAGGCUAGCCUGGCACAGCUCUGGACGCCUAUGUAGCCAGCGCACUGGGGCCUUAGCCAUCGUCUACAACGCUUUUGAGAAUCGAGAGUUGACCAACUUCUUGACGUCCUUGAACAUAACCCAACCUGUUUGGAUUGCCAGGAAAGUCAUGACACACUUGAAAAGUUCCAUUGAGACCCUCAUCUUGGAGUUUAGGGGUCGAUCCGACAAGAAGAACGCGCGCCUCCUGCACGCUUUCCCCUCCAUGGGCUCAGUGACCGUUUGCGCUCGCCUCCGAUUCGACCCGAGUUGCCUCGGAUUUUCCACUGUCUUCUCUUAUUCCAUCAAGUCAUUCAUUAAUGAGUUCCAGCUCCGUAGCAGGCUGGUUCAGGGUCAGCCAGUCCAGCUGGCUCUGCUGGUCCAUGGCACACAUGGGCCUUACCAGGAGGCCUUCCUCCAUGACGGCUCCUGGCACUCCGUCUGUGUCGGUUGGAGCCAACAUGGAGGGCGAUGGGCCUUGUACGCUGACGGGAGUCUCAUCAACAGAGGGGACGGCCUAAAUGUGGGGAGGGACAUUGGGCCUGAGGGGCUGUUCAUCAUUGGCCAGGAGCAGGACACCUUUGGCGGAUCGUUCCGGAGUGCCGAGUCCUUCUCUGGGAGUAUAUCACAGCUGAACAUUUGGGAACGGGCGUUGAACGACAGUGAAAUCCACGCCAUGGAAAAGGAAUGCUUGUUCAAUUCAUCCGGGCUGGUGUUCAAUUGGAGCAAGGCAGCCCUAGAAAUUGAGUCCUCCCUCAAGAGUGUGUGGGGAGACACCCAUUGUCAAGUUAAUAUCGGUGAGUCAGCGGCCCAUUUUCUUGACACCCUACGGAACGCAGAUUUGGAGCCCUAUCACAACUUUUCUGACGAGGCAGUCAACGCCCCCAAGAUUGGGCAGUGUGUCACCUUCGACCCCCAAAAUGGGAGCUGGGGUCUGGACGCGUGUGAUUCGUUGAGAGGGGCCGUCUGCCAGUUUGAGAAAGAAAGCUUGGACAUAUUUGGCUUCCCCAAGACGGCGUUCUUCACCAAAGUGAGCAAAGAUCUGCUCUCCAUGUCUGUGACGGGUGAGAUAAGCGUGAACGCAUCUUCUGAGGCGGAGCUGUCAUUGAUGAACCACCUGACCAGGGCUCUGCUGAGGACGCUGGAGGCGAAGCCAGACAUCCUCCGAGCAGCUGACGUGCUCUACCUGACCCAGAUGAUGGAGCUGACAGCCUCCGCCACCACCGCCUCCGCCUUGGCCUUCACUCUGCCGCCCUCGGAAGCUGUGGUCUCCAUCGCCAGCAAAUACCUAAAGCUGGCCAGCCUCGUCCUGGAGCCUGCUGUGGCCAGCCGGUGGCUGGGUUUGACGGAAGACGGGACCGCUGUUGGUCCAUUUACUGUCGUGCAGAGUAUUGACAAGCUGACAGCGGCGUUAGCCGAUGUGCUGUCUCGGGAGAGACAAAGCUUCACGCUGUCAAUGAAAAACAUAGAUGUACACAUCGAGGCACGAAAGCUGUCCCAGAUGAGCUGCAGCUGUGUGUUUAAACCGCCAGUGUAUGGCAGCGGCCCCGGCAGAGGUAGUAGCCAGGAUGAGCUGCUCAUCCCAGAUAUCGAGGUCCAGAGACUACACUCCCUUGGUCACAAGGAGCUCAUGUUUAUCCAUACUUACUACAGUCACCUGAUGGAGAUCCAGUCUGGAAUGGAAGGAUCCACAGACCGUGGCUCGUCGCUGAAGCACAACAAAAGCAAUCCCUCCAGUCGCUUGGCCAGUGCGGUGAUAUCGGCGUCUGUCCGAGACACUUCCAAGGCCCAAACCAUCCCGGUGGCCGUUCAGUACACCCUCUCUUCCUCGCACGUGGUGGCGUAUACUACACGAAUCAUGCCUGUUUGUGCCUUUUGGAAUUUCAGCUUGAUGACAGGUUAUUCUGACGGUUGGUCCAUUGAGGGAUGUGGGGUGACGUAUGCUGGCUCUGAUACUACUUCCUGUUUAUGUAACCACACCACAAACUUUGCAGUGUUGAUGAAUUACAUGGAAGCCAAGUGGAGCCCUGAGGAGGAGGUUAUUUUGACCAAGCUGACGUUUAUCGGUUCGGGGGCGUCUCUGUGUGCUCUCGUGGUGACCUUGAUGCUGUUCACCGUGCUGGACAUCCCCAAGUCUGACCGGACAUCGAUCCACAAGAACUUGUUCAUCUCCCUGACCUGUGCCCAGGUCGUACUGCUCUGCAGUGGCUCAGCCGUCAACAACAAGGUGGCGUGCACCCUGGUGGCAGCCCUUCUCCACCUCUUCUUCAUGGCGUCCUUCAGCUGGAUGCUGGUGGAGGGCCUGCUGCUCUGGAGCAAGGUGGUGACUGUGAACCUGAGUGAAGACCGCCACAUGAAGUACUACUACUUCAUCGGCUGGGGUCUGCCAGUGUUGAUAGUCACCAUCACGCUCGCUUCGGCCUCUGGGAAGUACUCUGCUGAUGGUCACUGCUGGCUCAGCGUCCAAAACGGAGUCAUCUGGGGCUUCGCUGGCCCUGUCAUCUUCAUCAUCAUGGUGAACAUCAUGGUCCUGACGAGGGUGGUGGUCAUCACUCUGUCCACAACCAAGAGGAGGUCCAUCAUGCUGGCUCUGGGCAGCAGUCCUGUGGAGCAGGCCUAUGAACAGAUCCGGGCUGCAGUGAAAGCAGUGCUGAUGUUGCUGCCCAUCCUGGGCCUGACCUGGCUGUGUGGUGUGCUGGUGCCCUUCUCCAUAAUCAUGGGUUACAUCUUCAUCCUGCUCAACUCUCUGCAGGGGCUUUUCAUCUUCCUGAUAUAUGGGGUCUACAACACAGAGGUUCGGAGCACUGUGAACAGGAUCAAGGAGAGAAGAAAAGCUCUUAAUCUUUCAAACUGUGCCAGUUCCAGACCCUCCAGCUCCGUGACGAGCACUCGCCCCACCGGCUCCCCUGUCCCUGGGCCCCCGAGUCCCCAAAGCCCUGGCCUGGAGGAGAAGGAGGAGGAGGGGCCCCUCCCUGGCCACCAGCCCACCCUCUGCCCCACUGACCCCCACAUCUGUGAGCUGGCGGAGAGGGAGGGGAGCUCAGACAACGGUCCACUUCCUCUUCCAUGUGUUCCAGAGAGACAGGAGGAGUCCUCGGUCCAAGCUUCUCACAGCGUCCUUAUCCCGAUCAAGGUGCCCACAUCCUCAGCAGCGGUCAUGCAAGGUGGUUGCAACCUUCAUGUGGAGGUGGAGGCGGAGCUUAAGUCAUGUUUCAGCAGAAACCCCGCACCUCAGAAGUCUCACAGCCUUUUUUAACUGACACACUUCCUCGUUAUUUCUCUAAUCUUUUCGUUUCCUGUUUUGUACUUGUAGUCACUUUGUAUAUGUUUUUUACUAGUACUUUGAUUCUUUUACUAUUACUUUGAUUCCAACCUAGAUUGCCCCCCAUAAAUAAAUGACAUACACAAUGAAGCAUGUUUGCAUAACAUGACAAGUAAUGCAAUUUGACCUAGGUACAUAUCUAGUAUCUGGUCAAACGUCCAUGCUGAAAUAAAAUUU